GCGGCCGGAUUGGAGGGCCCGCCGGAGGAAGCUCCGCCUCCACYCCGCGCGCCGACGCGCCCCAUGGGCGGAGCGCGGUGCGCGCCGCUACCGCGAGAGUUUCCGUUGAAGCUGGSGCCGCCAUCUUGGAGUUGGGAGAGGCCGCGCGUCCCGUUCCCGUCCCUCUCCGGAGGGUCACGGGCGCGGGGGGGGGGCACGGGAGGCGGGGGAAGCAUGGGCGCCCGGCGGUGAGUUCGCGGGGCCCCGCCGGCUCGUCCGUCCCCUCGGAGGCCGCGCCGCGGCGGGCGCGGGGCUGGGCGGGAUGGUUCAGUCCUGUUCCGCCUACCGCUGCCGGAACCGAUACGACAAAGAGAAGCCCAUCUCCUUCCACAAGUUUCCUCUUACAAGACCCGAYCUUUGCAAGAAGUGGGAAGCGGCUGUUAAGAGGAAAAACUUCAAGCCGACCAAGUACAGCAGCAUUUGCUCAGAACACUUUACCCCCGAUUGUUUUAAGAGGGAAUGCAAUAACAAGCUCCUGAAAGAGAAUGCUGUGCCCACAAUAUUUUGUUACACUGAACCCRGUGAAAAGUCUGAAGAAUUUGCAGAACAGCCGGAGGAUCCACUGCCACCUCCCCCACUGCCACCGCCACCACCGCCUCCACCACCACCACCACCACCAGCAGCUCCAGUACUACCAGCAUCUCCAUCAACUCCUUCUUUUCAUUUGUCUCAAAUAGAUGCCAGAUUUGUAGAUCCAAGUAUUGGAUUAUUGAUGCCCCCUCUCCAGACCCCCAGCAAUCUUGCUGUUUUUUGUGAUCAUAACUAUACUGUAGAGGAUACAGUUCAUCAGCGAAAAAGAAUUCAACAGCUGGAGGAACAAGUGGAAAAACUGCGGAAGAAGCUGAAGACAGCACAACAGCGAUGCCGGCGUCAGGAAAGACAAAUUGAAAAACUGAGAGAGAUUGUUCAGUUUCAGAAAGACAAAGGCAUAUUGGGAGGAAAAGGCUAUGUGAUUCUGCCUAAUGACUAUUUUGAAGUUGUAGAAGUACCUGCCUAGAAGUCAUGAACAUCAGUUUUCACUUUGGUAGGCCAAGAAAUUUAGUUUAAAAACUAAAUUCUUUUUAAUUCUGUAUGUAAGGCUUCCAAAUUCUAAAACAAUAAUUAAGCAGUCAUACAAAUAAGAUAUUUUUUCUUAAUUUCUGUUUGAUACACUUUUAAUAUAUUGAUGAUGCAAGCAUCUCAGAAUUAGAAUAUGCAAUUAAUUUACAAAAUCUGAAUUGCUUCCAGAAGGAAAGAUGCAAGAUUGAAGACACCUAGAAAUUCACUUUUUUUUACAAUGUCUGUUUUAUGCUUACAGGGGUUGGGAACUGAAUCUGGCUGAGAGUGCAGUUUAGGUGGUUGUACACCUAAUGCUUUGUCAAGACUUUUAAUGCUGGUAAUCCCCAGUAAGURGUUUUCACUGAUUUUAGGAAGAACAGAAUUAGGUCAGCUAACAACCUCUGCAAGUGCUGCAGAAAGAUAGAUAAGAUGCAUAUGUGAGUCUGGGAAAACUUCCAACUUCAGUUUGCUAUGCAUUUGAAGCACUGCAAAAAGUCUAAUUCCUGGAUCCCUUUGGGUGAGGUAUGUAAAUGAAUCUCUUCUUUUGGAGUAACUAUUCACCACAUGUGUGUUUUGAGGGUGAUGAGGAGAAUUCAUUAGCAUAGCUAACGGGAGCUGUAGAAGCGGAUUUUGUUCUGAGGGCACUUAAAAAUAGUCCUGAAGUGCAGAGCUGAACUGAACAUGUCUAUUACCGCACUGUUGACAGGAUCAAGAAGACAAUGUACUGUUUAUGGGGACUGCUUUGCAAAGGAACCCUGGUCAUAUACAGUCCUCAGUAUGUUGUAGGGUUGUCUUCCCAUAAACACUGUAACUGGUAGAGUGUUGUCCUUGGUUUUGGAAUUAACUCUGAUGUUUACCAUGUGUAGCUUCAGGAAAUGAAAUAAGCUUUUUCUUUAUCCAGGGAGUCAGACAUUUAGGGCUUUGCAGUUUACAGUGGUUUUAUUUCUUUCCUUUUUUCACUCCCCAAAAGRUAUCCACCAAAGGGCAGAUAGGGAACUAGACUUUGGAGUUGCUUGGUGCUAGACUGGUUUAUAAUAUCUCAAAUGCUGCUGCCUCUUCUUCAGCCUUAUUAAGACUCUUUCUAGUAAUGGGUUUAGCAUGCCACAGUAGUGCAGGUGUUUGCACUUACUUUCUAAUAAUUUGUUUAGUCAAUGUACUCAUUCAGAAUGAGAGAAAAUGGCUAACUCUGAUAUAGCCUUCACAGCUGAAAUUCCUGGGUAUAUGAGACAUGAGGAAAAUUGCUUUUCUCAGUCUAUGUCAAAUUUGUGUGCAGUGUGGAUUCUAGCUCUGAUGUUAAACAAGCCUUGUUCAUGAUGGCUUUAAAAGUUUCCCUUAAUAUCCUGCUAGCAUGACAUUUUGAAAUGUUUCAAACCAGUCUUGAUAUUUCUGACCUCACUCAUGCCAUGUGUCUAUUUUCCCUACCAUUUCAUACUUAAAAUGAACAAAAAUGCUGAUGCUUCCUUUUGUGUACAUUUAUUAUACCUAAUUAAAAAUUUGAAAAGCAAAUUAUGUGUUAGAUUUUUAAUUACUCUCUCUUCUGUUUUCCCAGGAUUUUGCCAAAACUGUCUUGAAAUUUUGCUCUUUUCUUUUUCCUACUACUUUCCUUGUUUAGAUGUUGGGUUUUUCUCACAGUGUUCUCAAAUCCUGUUGCUGUUACACUUYGUGCUUAAAAUUGGUAAAAUUCAAAAGUGACAAGGAAAAGACGUUUAAAAAACUGUUCCUAUGCUGUUGGCAUGUGUGACGAGAUAGCAGAUUGUGUCUGUUUUCUCUGCAAAAUACCCUCUCUUCUUACUGUUUARGAAUUUCAAGUGUGACUUCCAGAGGCACAGGGGAUUGCUGGCCACCCACCUCUGCCCCCUGACAUUUGGUUGUGUGCUGCUACUACCACCCUGCAGUUCUGGUGCUGGUUGCACUCUCCUGUGAGGCACUUCAGCUCACUAAAGCAGCAGGUUUGGCUUGUAGUGGAGAGACAGUGGAGGGCCAACCAUACCACAGCUGAUACGAGUUAAAGACGGCCAAAAGCAGGGCACACUGAGAAGCAAAUCCUCUACUUUGGAUGCAGUGAGCUGUUGGGUUAUGUCARCUGCUUCUGAAAAUACAAGCAUAGCUUCCUUCUCCUGAUGUUCAACACCAUUUCCCUCCACCUGUGCCAAGGUUCCYUGUUUCCCCCUCACUUAUGCUCUGGCUGCUGUGCUUGCUGUGCCCUUCCUUCAUGUGUUUUAGCUUCAUAACCUUCCAGGAAAGCAAAACUGAGUCUGCGAGAUGGCUGAUAGAUGGCUGGUAUGUGGAGUACUUGUGUCUUUAAGCUGUUUGUUUUGGUGAAGGUGAUUUAACAGCUGACUCAAAUAAAUGUUUUUUUCUGUUGAGAAGGUUGUUUAUUCCUUGUCUGGACAGUUUCAGAAAUAGCUUGCUGAAAAGGGGACUGCUGCCCAUUUGUCUUCCUCUCCUAUUAUCAGGGGAUUUUUCUAAGAAGAGAUGCAACCCAUUGUGAC